AUGCAAUGGAGAGGUCGUGCAGAUGCCCCAAAUACUACGCAGUGGCAAGAUAUAUUUGACAAGAAGGCCUACGGAAAGACUGCACUGGAGGUCUACGAAGAAGUCAACACUUUACAAUUACAGGCGGAGGAAUAUGCGCGACACCAAGCAAUACGAAAGGAAGCUGUAGAGCACUUUGUAGCGAAUCCGUCAUCGUCUGACAGCCUAGACUUGUCGGAGGAGGAUAGAGCCUUCAUGGAGGAUUACAAGGCAAGGUUGGUAAGCAAACUAACGGCAGCUCAAAAUGAAUGCCUGGAGCAAUUCACUGGGUUCAGGGAAAUCACUGCAGAGGAAUACACGUCGUGGAUUGCUGAUGGAGCCAGUAUCGUGCUGCUCCACAAUGACUCUACUCGCGCCAGUGUGCGGACUCUCGAGAUGCUGCGAAGACUUUCAGAGCGGUACAUAUGCCUGCGCACGGCAUGGAUCAAGGCGACCGAUGCUUGUAAGGGGUACCCGAAAGAGCUGUGUCCGACAAUAGUCGUCUACUUAGAUGGAAAACCUGUGCAUAAUUUCGUUGGUCAGGAGGCAUGUGGCGGGUCAAACACUACAAUGGAGUAUCUGGAAACCUUAAUAGGCGCCUACCUUCCUCUUCGCAACUAUACGUCCAGGCCAGCGUGUGAUGUAGAAGACGAGACAAAAGAGGUGGUAGUUGCAAAAUUAAGAAUAGGCAAAUAG